CUCCAUCUCGCCCCUCUGCCUCUCUCGUUCCUCCUUUCCUUUAUUUCUAUCUUCCUGGAGCUCUCGGGUAUGUCCCUGCUUCAACUCAGAUAGGUUUCGUGGGAACUUUGUUGCCAUUGGCCCCAGCUCAUAGAUCAGCUGCUGUAAGCGUUGCAGUUUCGGCAACAUGCUCCUUGCGCAGCAGCUCAUGUGCAACAUUUGUGCACUGCUUCGGCGUGCACCGAUCCUUUCUGGACUCACCAAGUCGAACCCAUGUCUUUGAUCUCUGCGUUCUUAACGCGCAAGAAUGGGCUUGUGCAUUUGGGGAAAUAAAACAAAAAUGGCCGCUCCGGGGGUGAGAGAGGGCAUGAACCAGGGAACAAGUCUGUGCCGCUGAGAGGCGAAGGUGCCAUAAAAAUUCCAGAAGAGAGAGAAAGAGAGGGAGAGUGAGAGAGAGAAAAAGCCAAACGGGAAGCUCUGGUCGUUGAAUAUGUGCACGGUUUUAUGGAGGCUUCUGCGCCUUUAUGUAUACGAUUCUGACCUAAUUCCAUCGUUCAUCUCUUUAUAAUAUAAUGUCUGAAGCUGAUUUAUACAUUUGUGAUAUAAUGAAAAGCUGAACAGAGUGAUUGGAAUGCUUUGAACAGAGCAAAAACAUUAAAAAAGAGACAGAAUAUAAGUUUCCAGCUGGAAGUUGUUUUUUUUUUCAGUGACCAUUCUUCAAAAUCAUUGUUUGGAGAAAUACAGAAUUCUUCUGUGUCUGUGCAAUUCUAAACAAAAAUCAGCAAAUUAUAAAUUUGGAGCACGAUGAACCCCUUAUUUCUUUUCUCCUGCCAUAAUUAGUCAUUUUUCUAUCUUUUCCUCUCUGUCAUUUCAGAGACUAUUUCUUCAGUUUGAAAUUUUAAUUUAAAUUAUUUGCGAAAUAUGCAUAUAUUUGUUUUCCAACACUUUGUCCUCUCCCUCUCAUCCUUUCCUCUGAGUUCGAGAACAAAUCUCGGUUGCCGUUAGUUUCUCAUAAAAAGAGAACUGUAAUUCUCACAUCGGUCUUAGUUGACAUCUCACACACAUAUAAAAAGUAACUUUGCUGGAGGACGGAGUGUUUAAAAGUCAGAAUGAUUAAAGAGUCGCCUCUAAAUAAGACAAAAUAAGGUCGGAUUAUGUGCGUAAAAAAGACACGCAAUAGCCAUCUUCUAAAGUGUCUGAUGCUUUGCACCGACCCAUUCUAACCUGCUUAAAAACCAUAUUUCUGUGUUCAUAUAAAGCCUGUAUGUGUGAGUAUUCAUUUUGCCAAAGUGGCACAAGCCGUAAAGGCUGUGAACGGCAGGCUCUGCUGCAUUAUUUGAUCUUAUGUAUGUGAUGUUUUGAGCUUCAAUCUCCUCUCCCAACAUUUACUCAUCAGUACGUUCUCCCAUAAAGUCGUUCAGCUCUUUUAUAAGGGGAAAAGUGCAAAAAGAGCGCGGCCCUGUUCUGAAUGGGCUUUUAUUCUAUUAACUGAGCCUAUUUGCAGCCAUCUCCCGGCACAACGUGCAUAACAGAUUCUGAUCGAAUUAUUCCUGUACACUAUCUCUGGAGAGAUUGCACUCUCAGCAUGUCACGUUGUAUUGUUCGGGAGACCUCUUUCUUUGCCGCAAUGGUCGUUAACCUCCGAAUGACCCCCGUGUGUGGAGCCCACGCCUCGGAGAAGCGCCGCAGACAGUCAGUGCAACAGUUGCGCCAGAGGAUGGCGCAGCACGACAGUGGAAAAACUCCUUGCGUAGCUGAGAGCUCAAGGCAGGGGAGGCGCGCACUCCCUCCCAUCCCGCCCGAGUGUUUCCUGCGUGCACGAGUUUACCUCUGGAGGUCACCAGGCAGGAUUUACGACUGGUCAACAAAAGCACGUGAUUCUGCCUCGUACCCCAUAUUUGGGUGCCUACGUAAGAGAGAAUCAAGUCCAUGUCCCACUCUCAUUUCCAUAAUUCAUCAUAAAUUGUGCAAGGGUGCAAUAGGACGCGCUAAAGCAUAAGAGCCACAAAUCAAGGAGCUGCAGGUUUAUGCUGUUUACUUCCACCAAAAUAAUCACAAAAACAACAGCAAUACCUGCAGCGGGCAAAAAAGGUGGAACUGUCAACAAAUGAGCUCCUAUUUUGUGAACUCAUUCUGCGGUCGCUAUCCCAAUGGCGCGGACUUUCAGUUACAUAAUUAUGGAGAGCAUAAUACCGCGAACGAGCAAUACAGGGACUCCACGGCCAUGCAUUCCAGCAGGUACGGCUAUGGCUACAACGGAAUGGACUUGACGGUCGGGCGGACCGGCGGCGGACACUUUGUGGGCAGCGAGCGGACGCCGGGCUACUCCCCGACGCACACAGCGGCGGCAGCGGCCAGCCCUUCAGUGGAACCCGUCAGGUACAGCCAGUCCGCGGGCGGCAGCCAGAACUCGUCCCUUUCGCCUCCACCUGAGCCUGUGCCGUGCUCCUCCUCCACGGUGGCCAGCUUGUCGCCGGGCGCCGAGACGCAACCCCAACUCAGAGCCGUGAAGAACUCCAUAAGUGGCGCCCAGUGCUCGAACGGGGGAGGCACGCUGUUGCUUGGUCGGGACUGUGCGUCCAAGGCUUCCCCCCUGGAGGAAGAUAAGCCUGUGGGGAGCGCACCGACGACCCCUCAGAGUGCCGGCGACUCGGCACAGCCGCAGAUAUACCCGUGGAUGAGAAAACUCCACAUAAGUCAUGAUUUGUCCGGACCUGAAGGGAAGCGAGCCCGAACCGCCUACACCCGGUACCAGACCCUGGAGCUGGAGAAGGAGUUCCACUUCAACCGGUACCUGACCCGCAGGCGGCGGAUCGAGAUCGCCCAUGCCCUCUGCCUCUCCGAGAGACAGAUCAAAAUCUGGUUUCAGAACCGCAGAAUGAAGUGGAAGAAGGACAACAAACUGAAGAGCAUGAGCAUGGCGGCCGCAGGCGGGGGUGCAUACAGGCCUUGAUAGCCCCCCUGCCCCCCCUGCAUCCUCUCUCAUAAAUAAAGUGAAAUGAAAUAAACUAUUGAAAGUGUACAUAAAAAAAUAAAAAAAAAAUAAGAAAAAAAAUCUCGCAAAGACUUGUUGGCGGAGGCUUUGAGCCACCUCGCCUUCUGUAAAUGCCCCCAUUAACCUUAUAUUUUCUUUAUAUUCUCACCGUGUUAAUCAGUAUGCGAGUAAAAAUAUGCAUUCUGUACAGUUCUGUUUAGAUUUAGGACAAAAAAAGAGAAAGAAACGUUUAAAUUAUUUCUUGUUCAGAAGGAGAAAAAAAAAUCAAAAGCUUGAACUUGUCCAGUAAAAAUCUGUGUGAUGCACUCAAAACAGCAGUCUAAUAAAUACUAACUAAAUAGAAGGUUUGUGUUUAGUUCUCUCUGUACAUGUACUGUAUAUGUAUGUAUUUAUUUGUCUCAUGUAUUGUGCCAACCUGUCAGAAAAAAAAGAAAAAAUUCGCUUUCGAUAACCAGCAAAUAAGCGUUUUGUGUGCGUAAUUGUAUUGUGAACACACGUGUAUGGACAGAGGUGCCGUCUCGCCCCUUUGUAUGUACAGUGGCGGUGCUUUGUUUUUUUAAGUUGUUUUUUUUUUUCUUUCUUUUUUUUUUAUGCAGGAGAUUAUGUUUGACUUGCUCACCUGGGCGCAGCAAAGUUAACAAAAAAAAAGAAACAAACAAAAAAAAAAACGUGUUCGUCCCUGUUUUUUCUUGCUGUUUCUAUGUGGAAGGUCCCCCACCUUUAUGACUUCAUCGUGAUGAGCUUCUUUUUUUUGUAAAUGUUUUUCAGAGACUGGAAAGAGGUUGAAAAAAUAUGCUACAAUAAUCAGAAGAAUGAUAUCGAUGCUCAUGUUGAUGAUGGCUGUCAUAGCCGUGAUAAUAAACUUUUUACUGGA